AGUAAUUCCGAGGGCGAGCGAGCGGGCCGCGACCGGCCAAGCCCACAUCUCUCUCCGCAGCGCAGGGCUGGGCAGGGGCGCCGCGGGACCCGCUCAGUCACAGCCGGUUUGGGGCGCUCCUCUGCUCCCUGGUCCCCCCACUUUUUUCCCCCUCCCCCUUUCUGGAAGGGUUUGUGCAAGGUGGGAGAACACAGACACAAACACCAAACUGGAAAACAGUUAAUGACCAGCCACAGCGUCACUGCUGUGUGCUCUGGCUGCUUCCUCCAGGGCUCGCGAGCCACACACACAGGUCGCUGUGGCUGCCAGCGGAGGUAACAUGGCUUGUUGGCCUCAGUUAAGGUUGCUGCUGUGGAAGAACCUGACGUUCCGAAGACGACAAACAUGUCAGCUGUUACUGGAAGUGGCCUGGCCUCUCUUUAUCUUCCUGAUCCUGAUCUCCGUCCGCCUGAGCUACCCGCCCUAUGAACAACAUGAGUGCCACUUUCCAAAUAAAGCCAUGCCUUCUGCAGGAACCCUUCCGUGGGUGCAGGGGAUUAUCUGUAAUGCCAACAACCCUUGCUUCCGUUACCCGACUCCCGGUGAGGCUCCCGGUGUUGUUGGAAACUUUAACAAGUCCAUUGUGUCUCGCCUGUUCUCAGAUGCUCGGAGGCUUCUUCUAUACAGCCAAAAGGACACCAGCAUUAAGGACAUCCACAAGGUCUUACGAACGUUACGACAGAUCAAGCAUUCCAACUCAAACUUGAAGCUCCAGGAUUUCCUGGUGGACAAUGAAACCUUCUCUGGAUUCCUUCAUCACAACCUGUCCCUCCCAAGGCCCACUGUGGAGAGCCUGCUGCAGGCUGAUGUCAGUCUCCAGAAGGUAUUUUUGCAAGGCUACCAGUUACAUUUGGCCAGCUUGUGUAAUGGAUCAAAAUUAGAAGACAUCGUUCGGCUUGGUGAGCCGGCAGUUUCUGCCCUUUGUGGUUUACCAAGGGAGAAGCUGGAUGCAGCAGAAAGAAUGCUGCGUUACAACAUGGACAUCCUGAAGCCGGUCGUGACAAGCCUAAACUCCACAUCUCUCCCGACCCACCACCUGGCUGAAGCCACCAAAACAUUGCUGGACAGCCUAGCGGGGCUGGCCCAAGAGCUGUUCAGUACAAAGAGCUGGAGUGACAUGCGACAGGAGGUGAUGUUUCUGACCAACGUGAACGGCUCCGGCUCCUCCACCCAGAUCUACCAGGCUGUGUCCCGCAUCGUCUGUGGUCACCCAGAGGGCGGGGGGCUGAAGAUCAAGUCACUCAACUGGUACGAGGAUAACAACUACAAAGCCCUCUUUGGAGGCAACAGCACUGAGGAGGACAUGGACACCUUCUAUGACAACUCCACAACUCCUUAUUGCAAUGAUUUGAUGAAGAACUUGGAGUCCAGUCCUCUUUCUCGAAUUAUUUGGAAGGCACUCAAGCCGCUGCUUGUUGGAAAGAUUCUGUAUACACCUGACACUCCAGCUACGAGGCAGGUCAUGGCUGAGGUGAACAAGACCUUCCAGGAGCUGGCUGUGUUCCAUGACCUGGAGGGUAUGUGGGAAGAACUCAGCCCCCAAAUCUGGACCUUCAUGGAGAGCAGCCAAGAGAUGGACCUUGUUCGGACGCUGUUAGACAGCAGAGGCAAUGACCAGUUUUGGGAACAGAAGUUGGAUGGAUUAGAUUGGACCGCCCAAGACAUCAUGGCAUUUCUGGCCAAGAACCCAGAGAAUGGUCAGUCCCCAAAUGGCUCUGUGUAUACGUGGAGAGAAGCUUUCAAUGAAACCAGCCAGGCAAUCCGGACGAUAUCUCGCUUCAUGGAGUGUGUCAACCUGAACAAGCUGGAGCCCGUUCCAACAGAAGUCCGCCUCAUCAACAAGUCCAUGGAGCUGCUGGAUGAGAGGAAGUUCUGGGCUGGUAUCGUGUUCACAGGAAUCACUCCUGGCAGUGUGGAACUGCCCCAUCACGUUAAGUACAAGAUCCGAAUGGACAUUGACAACGUGGAGAGGACCAAUAAGAUCAAGGAUGGGUACUGGGACCCCGGUCCCCGGGCUGACCCCUUUGAGGAUAUGCGCUACGUCUGGGGGGGCUUUGCCUACUUGCAGGAUGUGGUGGAGCAGGCGAUCAUCAGAGUGCUGACGGGAACCGAGAAGAAAACGGGCGUCUAUGUGCAACAGAUGCCCUACCCCUGUUAUGUCGAUGACAUUUUCCUGAGGGUAAUGAGCCGGUCCAUGCCUCUCUUCAUGACCUUGGCCUGGAUUUACUCUGUGGCUGUGAUCAUCAAGGGCAUUGUGUAUGAGAAGGAGGCGCGCUUGAAGGAGACCAUGCGGAUCAUGGGUCUGGACAAUGGCAUUCUCUGGUUUAGCUGGUUCAUCAGCAGCCUCAUCCCUCUGCUCGUGAGUGCUGGCCUGCUGGUUGUCAUCUUGAAGCUAGGAAACCUGCUGCCCUACAGUGACCCCAGCGUGGUGUUUGUCUUCCUGUCUGUGUUUGCCGUGGUGACCAUCCUACAGUGCUUCCUCAUUAGCACGCUCUUCUCCCGGGCCAACCUGGCCGCAGCCUGUGGAGGCAUCAUCUACUUCACACUGUACCUGCCCUACGUCCUGUGCGUAGCCUGGCAGGACUAUGUGGGCUUCUCCAUUAAGAUCUUUGCUAGCCUUCUGUCUCCCGUGGCUUUUGGAUUUGGCUGUGAAUACUUUGCCCUUUUUGAGGAGCAAGGCAUCGGGGUACAGUGGGACAAUCUCUUUGAGAGCCCGGUGGAGGAAGACGGCUUUAAUCUCACCACCGCAGUGUCCAUGAUGCUGUUUGACACUUUCCUCUAUGGAGUGAUGACAUGGUACAUCGAAGCCGUCUUUCCAGGACAGUAUGGGAUUCCCAGGCCCUGGUAUUUUCCUUGUACCAAGUCCUACUGGUUUGGUGAGGAAAGUGAUGAGAAGAGCCACCUUGGUUCCAGCCAGAAAGGAGUAUCAGAAAUCUGCAUGGAAGAAGAACCCACUCACCUGAGGCUGGGUGUGUCCAUUCAGAACCUGGUGAAGGUUUACCGAGAUGGCAUGAAGGUGGCUGUGGAUGGCUUGGCGCUAAAUUUUUAUGAGGGCCAGAUCACCUCCUUCCUGGGUCACAAUGGAGCAGGGAAAACCACCACCAUGUCGAUACUCACUGGGUUGUUCCCCCCAACUUCCGGCACUGCCUACAUCCUGGGGAAGGACAUUCGCUCCGAAAUGAGCUCCAUCCGGCAGAACCUGGGAGUCUGUCCUCAGCAUAACGUGUUGUUUGACAUGCUGACAGUCGAAGAACACAUUUGGUUCUACGCCCGCCUGAAGGGGCUCUCGGAGAAGCAUGUGAAAGCAGAGAUGGAACAGAUGGCCCUGGAUGUUGGCCUACCCCCCAGCAAACUGAAAAGCAAAACAAGCCAGCUCUCAGGUGGGAUGCAGAGGAAGCUGUCUGUGGCCUUGGCUUUUGUGGGUGGAUCCAAGGUCGUCAUUCUGGAUGAGCCCACAGCAGGUGUGGACCCUUACUCUCGCAGGGGAAUAUGGGAGCUCCUGCUGAAAUAUCGACAAGGCCGCACCAUUAUUCUGUCUACACACCACAUGGAUGAAGCAGACAUCCUGGGGGACCGAAUUGCCAUCAUUUCCCACGGGAAGCUGUGCUGUGUGGGCUCCUCCCUGUUUCUGAAAAACCAGCUGGGAACCGGUUACUACCUGACCUUGGUCAAGAAAGACGUGGAAUCGUCUCUCAGUUCCUGCAGAAACAGCAGCAGCACUGUGUCAUGUCUGAAGAAGGUGGUGCCUGAGCUCCCCGCAGCUGGGCAGAGUGGAGGCAGAGGAGGAGAGGUGCAGAGGCUGGUGGCGCUGACUCAAGAUGUCUCUGCCAUCUCCAACCUCAUCAGGAAGCAUGUAUCUGAAGCCCGGCUGGUGGAAGACAUUGGCCAUGAACUGACUUACGUGCUGCCGUAUGAAGCUGCUAAGGAGGGAGCUUUCGUGGAACUCUUCCACGAGAUUGAUGAUCGGCUCUCAGACUUGGGCAUCUCCAGUUACGGCAUCUCAGAGACCACCCUAGAAGAAAUAUUCCUCAAAGUGGCUGAAGAGAGUGGGGUGGAUGCAGAGACCUCAGAUGGCACUUUGCCAGCGAGACGAAACAGACGGGCCUUCGGGGACAAGCAGAGCUGUCUGCGCCCGUUUACUGAAGACGAUGCUAUUGAUCCAAAUGACUCUGACAUAGACCCAGAAUCCAGGGAGACAGACCUGCUCAGUGGGAUGGAUGGCAAAGGCUCCUACCAGCUGAAAGGCUGGAAACUCACCCAACAACAGUUUGUGGCCCUUUUGUGGAAAAGGCUGCUGAUAGCCAGACGGAGCAGGAAGGGGUUCUUUGCUCAGAUUGUCCUGCCGGCUGUCUUCGUUUGCAUUGCCCUGGUGUUCAGCCUGAUCGUGCCACCCUUUGGCAAGUACCCCAGCCUGGAACUCCAGCCCUGGAUGUACAAUGAGCAGUAUACAUUUGUCAGUAAUGACGCUCCAGAGGACACAGGCACCCAGGAACUCCUGAAUGCUCUAACCAAAGACCCAGGCUUUGGGACCCGAUGUAUGGAAGGAAACCCAAUCCCAGAUACCCCUUGCUUGGUGGGGGAGGAGGACUGGACCACUGCCCCAGUCCCCCAGACCAUCGUGGAUCUCUUUCAAAAUGGGAACUGGACGAUGAAGAACCCCUCACCUGCCUGCCAGUGUAGCAGUGACAAAAUCAAGAAGAUGCUGCCUGUGUGUCCCCCGGGGGCCGGGGGCCUGCCGCCUCCUCAGAGAAAACAGAACACGGCAGACAUCCUUCAGAACCUGACGGGAAGAAACAUUUCCGAUUACCUGGUGAAGACGUAUGUGCAGAUCAUAGCGAAAAGCUUAAAGAACAAGAUCUGGGUGAAUGAGUUCCGGUAUGGUGGAUUUUCCCUGGGCGUCAGUAAUUCUCAAGCACUUCCUCCGAGUCAAGAAGUAAAUGAUGCUAUCAAGCAAGUGAAGAAACUCUUGAAGCUGACCAAGGACAGUUCUGCAGAUCGGUUUCUCAGCAGUUUGGGAAGGUUCAUGACAGGACUGGAUACCAAAAACAAUGUCAAGGUGUGGUUCAAUAACAAGGGCUGGCACGCUAUCAGCUCUUUCCUGAAUGUCAUCAACAAUGCCAUUCUCCGGGCCAACCUACAGAAGGGAGAGAAUCCAAGCCAGUAUGGGAUUACUGCUUUCAACCAUCCCCUGAAUCUCACCAAGCAGCAGCUCUCAGAGGUGGCCCUGAUGACCACAUCUGUCGACGUCCUUGUGUCUAUUUGUGUCAUCUUUGCGAUGUCCUUUGUCCCAGCCAGCUUUGUUGUGUUCCUGAUCCAGGAGCGGGUCAGCAAAGCGAAGCACCUGCAGUUCAUCAGCGGGGUGAAGCCUGUCAUCUACUGGCUCUCCAAUUUUGUGUGGGAUAUGUGCAAUUAUGUGGUUCCUGCUACACUGGUCAUUAUCAUCUUCAUCUGCUUCCAGCAGAAGUCCUAUGUGUCCUCCACCAACCUGCCUGUCCUAGCCCUUCUGCUUUUGCUGUAUGGGUGGUCGAUCACACCUCUCAUGUACCCAGCCUCCUUCGUGUUCAAAAUCCCCAGCACUGCCUACGUGGUCCUCACCAGUGUGAACCUCUUCAUCGGCAUCAAUGGCAGUGUGGCCACUUUCGUACUGGAGCUCUUUACCAACAAUAAGCUGAAUAACAUCAAUGACAUCCUGAAGUCUGUGUUCCUGAUCUUCCCACAUUUUUGCCUGGGACGAGGGCUCAUUGACAUGGUGAAAAACCAGGCCAUGGCUGACGCCCUGGAGAGGUUUGGGGAGAAUCGCUUUGUGUCUCCACUCUCUUGGGACUUGGUAGGACGAAACCUUUUUGCCAUGGCCGUGGAAGGGGUGGUGUUCUUCCUCAUUACUGUUCUGAUCCAGUACAGGUUUUUCAUCAGGCCCAGACCUGUAAAGGCGAAGCUUCCUCCUUUGAAUGAUGAAGAUGAGGAUGUGAGACGGGAGAGACAGAGAAUUCUGGAUGGUGGAGGACAGAAUGACAUCCUGGAAAUCAAGGAGCUGACUAAGAUCUACAGGAGGAAGCGGAAGCCUGCCGUGGACAGGAUUUGUGUAGGCAUUCCUCCUGGGGAGUGCUUUGGACUCCUGGGAGUUAAUGGUGCUGGGAAGUCAUCAACUUUCAAGAUGCUGACUGGAGACACCACUGUGACCAGAGGGGAUGCUUUUCUUAACAAAAACAGCAUCUUAUCAGAUAUCCAUGAAGUCCAUCAGAACAUGGGCUACUGCCCUCAGUUUGAUGCCAUCACAGAGCUGCUGACUGGGAGAGAGCACGUGGAGUUCUUUGCCCUCUUGAGGGGAGUCCCAGAAAAAGAAGUUGGCAAGGUUGGUGAAUGGGCAAUUCGCAAACUGGGCCUUGUAAAGUAUGGAGAAAAAUAUGCCAGUAACUACAGUGGAGGUAACAAACGAAAGCUCUCCACAGCCAUGGCUUUGAUCGGUGGGCCUCCUGUGGUGUUUCUGGAUGAACCAACCACAGGCAUGGAUCCCAAAGCUCGGAGAUUCUUGUGGAAUUGUGCCCUAAGCAUUGUUAAGGAGGGGAGAUCCGUGGUCCUUACAUCUCAUAGUAUGGAAGAAUGUGAAGCUCUUUGCACAAGGAUGGCCAUUAUGGUCAAUGGGAGGUUCAGGUGCCUUGGCAGUGUCCAACAUCUGAAAAACAGGUUUGGAGAUGGUUACACAAUUGUUGUACGAAUAGCAGGGUCCAACCCUGACCUGAAGCCUGUCCAGGAGUUCUUUGGACUCGCCUUUCCAGGAAGUGUCCUAAAAGAGAAACACCGAAACAUGCUACAGUACCAGCUUCCAUCCUCCUUGUCAUCUCUGGCCAGGAUAUUCAGCAUCCUCUCCCAGAGCAAAAAACGACUCCACAUAGAAGACUACUCUGUCUCCCAGACAACACUUGACCAAGUAUUUGUGAACUUUGCCAAGGACCAAAGUGAUGAUGACCACUUAAAGGACCUGUCAUUACACAAAAAUCAGACAGUUGUGGAUGUGUCUGUUCUAACAUCUUUUUUGCAAGAUGAGAAAGUGAAAGAAAGUUAUGUAUGAGGAGUCCUGCUCAUACAGGGUGAAUGAAAGGAAGGGAGAGCUAGAUCUUCCUCCGCACUGUGUCGAGUGUUCCAGAAGAAAGAGUCCUGCGUUUCUGCAGAGAAAAACCAACUGGAUACUGUACUGACACUAUUCAAUGCAAUGCAAUUCAAUGCAACGAGAACUCACAAUUCCAUUACAGGGGCAGUGCCUUUGUAGCCUAUGUCUUGUAUGGCUCUCUAGAGAAAAUGACUUGAAGUUAGUUCAUUACCUUAUACAGAUGUGAAACUCUGGUAUGGAACCAAGCGAACUACGGGUUUGGAUUCAUACUCUUUUGUUCCUGUGUAUUCUCACUGGGAUUGCAACAACAAUCCAUCAAAUAGUCAUGGCCAGUUGUAAUCAAAGUCAAAGGCACCCAUUAAGCCAUGCUGAACCACAAAAAAUGGUUUCCUAGUGACACAUCCAUUGCUGGCAAUGAGUGUGCCAGAAUUACUAGUGCCAAGUUGCUUAGAAGGUCUGAAGCACUGAGGUGUGUCACACACACUUUUGUGAAAGCUCCCCCUUGCUGUCUGUCAACAUCAUUAAAUAUCAGGUGACAAAAUGGUGCCAUGUGUGACUAAAGCCCUGCUUUGGUUCUUUCUUUGAUGAGCUGCUGUUGUGGCUAUUACAUGCAAAAUGUGGAUCUCUCUAACUACAGGAGACUUGGUUCUGUUGUUCGGUCUUGCCGGUGCCUGGAGUCAUGGGGCACCAGGUCAUCUUUCUGAGAAGGUUUCAGACAUAUUAGAUCAGCGAUAUUAGAAACAGAUCAGCACCCAACUACUGGGGCUGCAGGCUGCCAAGUUCAGGGUGUAGCAUGAAAGAGCUGGUGCAUUUACACGUGGGAGGUCUGGGUCUGUUUGUCCUGACUGUCUGUUAACACAACACGGUACGCUGCAUCUCAAGAUCCUUUAUUAUUUGACACAAAUGUAGUAUUAUUGCUAGUAUAAUUUCUAACUGUUUUAAUUAACCUAGAAAAUGAAAAGGUGGAAUUUUGACAAAAAUCUUUGCACUAUUAAUAUUAUUUGGACUCUUAAGUUUUACCAGUGGCUUCUGGAACCUUGAACCAUAUGUAUAGACGUUGGUGGCAUAAAGGAACAUGGCCACACUGCCUCAUACCUUAUUUUCCAUGGUAAAUUUGCAGAUGGAAUGUAUAACUAGUGCCUGGUGACCAGAAACCAACAUGGUAGUCAACAUCUCAUGCCACAUUUUAAGAUCCUGGAGAAUACUAUUCAUUUUGGUUUGUUGAUUAAGUAUUUUUGGAGUGUAGUCAAUGUGUAGAUAUGUGGAUAGGAGUGAGGGAUGUGACUAGCAGAUUUUCUGUGCCAUGUAUUCAGCUGACUGAUUUACAGAUAUAGGUGGUAUUGUUGAAUCCACUGAAAGAAUAUGGUCACACUCCCUUGCCCACUUGAUACAAAAGCUAAGAAGGGUGAGUUAACCACGAACUCUCUUAAGGAGAAAACACCUAGCUUGAAAUUUCUUGGAUACCACUUGUGCUUGUGACCUUUGGGACUUUCAAAAUAAUUGGCUUUGCAGGAUCCUAGACACCCACUUAAACCUCUGACAAUCUCAAAUAUUUCAUCUCUUCAAUCUAACCAAUCAUAAAAAUCAAUGAACUAUUCCACAUGGAAUAUUUUUUCAGACUUUUCUAACCCAAGUUUUAAUGUUUUCAUUGGCAAGCUAUGUAAAACAUAUUAUUUCCCUAAUGCUCGAUGUCAUGUGUCUCCAUACAAAACAAAAAUUUGAGUGAAUUCCUGCAUGGCAGAGUUCAAGUGAGCUUUCACGGUCACCCAUUUCUUCAACUUACUCUAAAAUUUAAACAAUACAUUUGGAAGUGUAAGAGUUCAGAUCUAUUUCAAAUUAGAUAAGUUUAUAGACUAUUGUUAUGUAACUCAUUGCUUGAAAAGAAAAAUGACUAUUUUGAUACUAAUGUCAACAUAGCUUUCUAAAAUGACAAUGAAAAUAUUUCCAGUAAUUAUUGGCAUACCCCUGUAUUUAUGUAUCAAAGAUAAAAAAAUUCAAAGAAAAAAAUCUUUGUUUUUCAAAAUCAACCUUUUAUUGGCUUUCUCAGUCCACUAUUAUCAUAUGCUAACUUUUCAUUACACUACAGCCCUGAGCAAAUCAUUGUUUUAAUAACUCUGAUUUUGAGGCCAUAGUAAAAACAAAAAACAAAUAACAACAAAAAGCAUAAAACACUGUGAACCAUUUUGAAAAAAAAAAACUAAUUCAAUGUAGAUUUAAAAUCUUUUCUAAAGCUAGAAACAAUCUGUAGGCAUUGUUUACCUUUUACACUAUCUAAACAGCAAUCUUUAAUUUCCUUGUGUAAAUGUAGUUAUUUUAGAGAUUUUAAAAUCCUAUCUUCAAAUAAAAUUUCCUUAUAUUCCCUAUGGUGAUGUACCAUGUGAGUUUAGAAAUUCUCAAGCGCAUACACUUCUGAUUUACUUUUUUCUUUCUUUUUAAUCUUGGAAAACUUACUAACUGUGAAUAUGAGAAAGACAAAAGAAAGUGAGUCCUCUCUCUCUACAUCCCCAGCGCAAUUCAUCAUGAAACCAACAAACCUCAAACUGCUGUAUUGAGACGUCUGUACUGAAAGCAUAAGCCUCAUGCCUACUAAAUGUUACACAUCAUUUGCUCUCUGUAUAGUAGUCAUUGACCUAAAGGGAUUGUCUGCUGUCUUCUCACGGUUGUAUAGAUCAGGUAAAAUUGUUCCAAAGAGCCAUGUGUUGUGUACUGGGGAACCACUUUGAUACUGAAAUACUAAUUUGUACUCUUGUUACUAUUUACUGGUAGUAGUGUAAUACCACGGUAAUACUGUUCUGAUUCAAAAUGGUUGCAUCCCUUUUUAUAGAGCAUUUCUAUUUCCAUAUGGAUUCGGUAUGGUCUUUUCCCUUGGGCCCUAGGAUGAAGCUGUUUUUGUGCUUUUUCUUUAUCAUCGGCCCUUAUUCCAAGCACUUUAUGCUGUCUGUAAUGGAUCUAUUUUUGCACUGGAGUAUCUGAGAAUUGCAAAACUAGACAAAAGUUUCAGAGCAGAUUUCUAAGUUAAAUCAUUUUCAUUAAAAGAAAAAAAAACUGAAAAAAAUUGUAUUGUCAAUAACUUUAUAUGAAGUGUUUUUAAAAGCCUGUUUCUAUGUUAUGAGUCACAAAAUAAAGCUGUGACAGUC